AUGGCUCCUCGAUCUACCCGGCGGUCAAGACCUCCCGACUCUGACGACGAUGAGUCGAGACCGGGUACCCCUUCGUCCACCGCCCCUAAUGACAGCAAACGUAGACGACGACAUGCCACCUCUGUCGACGAUGACGAGGACGGCUCACCCAUACGGCAACUGACCACCCCCUCGGCCAUACGCAAACCACAUCUUGAGGGCAAUGGUGGUAGCAAUGACACUGCCAGCCGUGCGAAAGGUCACCAGCCUGGCGCCAUUGUCCGGGUCAAACUUACGAAUUUUGUCACCUAUACCUCCGCUGAAUUCUUUCCUGGGCCGAAUUUGAACAUGGUUAUUGGGCCGAACGGAACCGGGAAAAGCACACUUGUUUGCGCAAUUUGUCUAGGCCUUGGGUGGCCGCCUCAUUAUCUCGGACGCGCGAAAGAACCUGCAGAAUUCGUCAAGCACGGCUCCCGCGAGGCCGUCAUCGAGAUUGAACUGCAGCGGACGACCAAGCUGCGCAAGAAUCCGGUGAUCAAAAGGGUGAUACAAAGAGAAGGCAACAAGUCCAAAUUUUUUGUGAAUGGAAAUGCAUCUUCAGGUGCUGCUGUCAAACAGUUGGCGAACUCGUUCAACAUCCAGAUCGACAAUCUCUGCCAAUUUCUCCCCCAGGACAAGGUCGUCGAGUUUGCUCAAAUGAGUCCUAUUGAGUUGCUCACCAGCACGCAGCGAGCCGUGGCCGGUCCAGAAAUGAUCAAAUGGCACGAGGACUUGAAGAAGCUUCGCAGCUCUCAGAGCGAUGGCAUGACGGAUGACAGAGAUGCCCGAGAGCAACUGGAAAACCUGGAGAACAGACAAGCAAUGCAACAGGCAGAAGUGGAACGCAUGAGAGAAAGAGCUGUCGUCAAAAAGAGACUUGCGGGCUUGGAGAAAUUCCGACCGUUGGUCCACUACCACAAAGCCAAGGCAAACUUCCUGGCCGCGAAACAUAGGAUGGGGGACCUAGCGGAAGAGCUCAAACGCCUCAGAAAGGCGGCGGCACCUGUCCUCCGAAGCCUUGACGCCAAGAAAGACUACGAAGUCAAGGCACGAGCAUUCAACGCUGCAUGUGAGAAGGAGUUAAGUGCAAGUAUCAAAGAUUGCGAGCGCAAAGCAAGGGUCGUCGAGGAGAAACAAGGUGUCAUCAACGACUUGAACAACGAAAUCCAGGCAGAGAAGAAGAGCAUUCCCGAAAAUAGGGCAAAGUUACAACGAGAACAGAUGAAGCUACAGGAUCUGAGGCGAAAGAAAGCGGAGGCUCCAGAAGCAUUCGACUCUCGAGCCAUGAAUAGCGAGAUCCAGGAGCUGAGGACGCGUCUGCGAGCAUUGGAUGAUCGGAAAAGUGACCUCGAGUCACGGAGGACAGAAUUGGGAGAUCGAGCUGACAGAUCGGUCAAACAAUUCAAAGUCCUGAAGGGUCAGCUCGCAGGACUUGAGACGCAAGUUGGCCAACAAGAAGGUAAACUGGAGAACUUGUCACGGGACACCUUGAAAGCUUGGAGGUGGAUUCAGGACCACCGCGAUGAGUUCACUGCUCAUGUGUACGGACCUCCAAUCGUGGAAUGCUCGCUUAAAGAUCCACGCAUGGCCGAUGUGGUCGAGUCUUUCCUGCAAAUCAGCGACUUCAAGUUCAUCACAGUUCAGAACAAAGCCGAUUUCACUCUUCUUCAACGUCAGUUGUUUCAAGGUCUCAAGCUCCACGACGUGAGCCUGCGUGAGUGCGCCACUGACAGCCUGGAGCAAUUCCGUCCACCCUUGACCGGGCAGGAAAUGGAGCGGUUCGGGUUGAGCAGCUGGGCUUUGGAUCAUUUGCAGGGUCCGCCGACCGUGUUGGCCCAACUCUGCUUUGAAAGAUCCCUCCACAGGUGUGGAAUCAGUUCUAGGGAGCUUACUCAACAGCAGCAUGAUGAUGUGGCAAAGACACCUAUACAAAGCUAUUCUGCUGGGAGAAAGACGUAUCAUUUCAUUCGACGCGCGGAGUAUGGUGCAGCAGGCACAUCGGCCAGAGUGCACGACAUACGUCAAGCCAGAAUGUGGACCGAACAGCCGGUGGACAUGGGAAGAAAAGCCGCUUUGCAACGACAGAUGAAUGAAGUGAAAGGCGAGCAUGGAAUGUUGAAGUCGGAAUCAGAAGGCAUCGACAAAGAAAUCGCGCAACUCGAGGAGAAUCAAAGACUCGUUCACGAAGAGAUUGACGCCAAGCAGCGAGAAAAGGGCGCCAAACAACAGGCCCUCGCAGAAUGGAAUGCCUUGGAUCCCAAGAUCCAAAGCUACGAAGACAAGAUACGCAAUCUCAGCGAAGCGCUGAGUGGGGUCAGGGCUCGGUUGAAUGAGCUCAGCGACCGCCAUGAUGCCGCUCUCCUGGACAAAACGGAAGCCGUCCUCGACUUUGUCGAUGCCUCGAGAGACAUCAAGUCGAAGACGGCGCGCUUGCUUGAAGCAGAGAUCUUCCACCUGGAGGCAAAGUCGGAUUUUGAGGUGUUGAAAACACACAACGAUCACAUCCUCCGUAGCAUAGAAGAGAAGGAGGCCGAGCGAAAUACUGCAAACGAAUUCUUCACUGAGGAGCGCAAGCGAGCCAACGCCAUUCGCGAUGUCGCCUACGAACUGAGGGCAGAAAGCGAAAAGGCUUCAGAGGAAGGCGACAGCAGCCUGAUUGAGCUUAUGGAUUAUAUAGUCCAAACGGUCAAAACCGAAGAGAACCUGGACGCUGAGAUCGACGCCGAGAAGGCUAAGUUGGAGCUGACCGAGGGUGGUAAUGCUGGUAUCAUCGCUGAAUUUGAGGAACGAGCCAAAACAAUUGAGAGGUUACAGAGCAAAGUUCACGAGGGCGAUCGACGCCGGGAGGAGUUUAGACACGCCAUUGGCACCAUCCGGGCCAAAUGGGAACCUCGACUGGAGGAAGUGGUGUCUAAGAUCAACGACGCCUUCUCCGAUUCUUUUGCACGCAUCGGAUGUGCUGGCCAGGUUGCGGUGCACAAGGCAUCCUCUGAAAAUCCCGCUGAUUGCACCGAGGAGAACGGCGGAAUAGAGAACGGGCUGGACUUUGCUAACUGGGCCAUCCACAUCAGCGUCAAGUUCCGGGAGCAAGAGCCACUGAGUCUCCUAGACAGUCACCGGCAGUCGGGUGGUGAAAGAGCAGUCAGUACCAUCUUCUACCUCAUGGCUCUGCAGAGUCUAAGUCGAGCUCCCUUCCGAGUGGUCGACGAGAUCAACCAGGGCAUGGACCCCCGAAACGAACGCAUGGUGCAUGGCCGAAUGGUCGAUAUCGCGGCGGACGACGGCGGCAGUCAAUACUUCCUCAUCACACCCAAGUUACUGAGUGGGUUGAAGUACAGACGGGGUAUGACAGUGUUGUGCAUUGUCAGUGGCGAGAACAUGCCCGCGGCCAGAGAACGUGACGAUGCAGGCAAUUGGCACGAUGGACCCAAGGUUGAUUUCCGCUUGUUUGUGAGACAGGCGAAGGAGCAGGAAAUAGAUGUCUCGACUGACAGGAGGAGGAUUGACUCGGGUGUCGCUACGACGGGAGGUUUUGAAAGUGCGAGUCAGUCUACCGCUGUCGGCGCCUAA